AUGGAGUUUAAUGGUCUGCUAUGCACGCGCGAGCGUUGCCUUCUCCAAAACCUGGGCAAGGUGGACCGCACCCUCGACGACAUAUUCGAGGAGCACCUGCAGAACUUCAACCGGCAGCACCAGCAGGCUACGCGCCUCCAGAAGGAGUUCAACAACUACAUAAGGUGUAUACGAGCGGUGCAGACGGCCUCGAAGACGCUAAUGGAGGCGAUAACAGAGGUGUAUGAGAGCAGCUGGUCGGGCCACGACCUGCUGUACGUGCAGGCGCAGAACAUGGAGAUGCUGUGGCAGGACUUCUCGCACAAGCUCGGCGACCAAGUGCUCAUACCGCUCAACACCUACACCAACCAGUUCCCCGAAGUCAGGAAAAAAAUCGAGAAGCGCGGCCGAAAGCUGGUAGACUACGACGGACAGAGGCACAGUUUCCAGAACUUACAGGCGAACGCGGCGAAGAGAAGGGACGAUGUUAAGGUGACGAAGGGCCGCGAACAACUGGAGGAGGCAAAGCGCACAUACGAAAUGCUCAACUCGGAACUGCACGACGAACUCCCGGCCCUCUUCGAUUCCCGCGUCCUCUUCUACGUCAACAACCUGCAGACCCUGUUCUCGGCCGAGCAGCUCUUCCACUCGGAGACCUCCAAAGUGUUCGCCGAGCUGGAGGCGAUCACGGACAAGCUGGCGACCGACAGCCAGCGCGGCUCGUACGCGAAGAAGCACAACAACGUGGCGCCGCACGCGCAGAACGGCCAGGCGGAAGUGCAGCCGGCGGCGCCCGACUCGCCCGCGCUGAACGGAUCCGCGGGCAGCCCGGCCGGCAGCCCGCCCCCCGCGGCCCCCUCCCCCGCCCCCGCCGCCGACGCCCCCGCCCCCGCCGCCCCCCCGCCGGACGCCGAAUCGCCGCCGCCCUCGCCGGCGCCCCCCGCGACGCCCCCCGCGCGCGCCAACAACAACGCGCGCGCCCAGCCCGAAGUGGACGCGUCGCCGCACGGGUCGCCGCAACCGACGGAGACCGUGAAUAAUAACGUCGACGAAAAGAGCGAGACGCAAAUAGAGACGGACAAGGGGGGUGACAAGGCUAAAGAGAGGGAAACGGAGAAAGAGAAGAAAGACGCGGAGAACCAAAAUCAGAGCAGGAGCGACGAGGUCUACGACAUACCCGUGGGGGCGACGCUGGCGGGGCUGCCGGCGGGCGCGCUGUACCGCGUGCGCGCCACGUACCGCUACACGCGCGAGGACAGCGACGAGCUCUCGUUCGACGUGGGCGACGUCAUCCGCGUGGUCGAGUACGACGACCCCGACGAGCAGGAGGAAGGCUGGCUGAUGGGCAUCAAAGAGUCUACCAACGAGAAGGGGAUGUUCCCCGCCAAUUUCACGCGGCCUAUU